UCUAGAAAUACACGGAGUAAGGGAGGGGUCUAACUCACAAGCACAAACAAAAGAAGUCCAAGAAAAUGUACAUACACGAUGCUGUCAGGGCUGGUGACUUGAGUGCUUUACAAGAUGCCAUCAGGAGGGGAGAUGAUGUCAACAGUGUGGAUAAGAUCGGGAGCACUCUCCUCUUAUUGGCAGCCAGUAGAGGUCACACUGAUUGUGUUAGAGAGCUGCUCUCCUCAGGAGCCGUGGUGGACCUGGCUGACAAGCGUGGGUGGACUCCACUCUAUGUGGCAGCCUGUUCAGGUCACCCUGACUGUGUUAGAGAGCUGCUCUCCUCAGGAGCCGUGGUGGACCUGGCUAACAAGGCUAGGUGGACUCCACUCAUGGUGGCAGCCUUGGGAGGUCACACUGACUGUGUUAAAGAGCUGCUCUCCUCAGGAGCCGUGGUGGACCUGGCUAACAAGGAUGGGGACACUCCACUCAUGGAGGCAGCCUACUGGGGACAGGAAGAUACUGUAAGAGAGCUUCUCUCAUCAGGGGCUUCCAUUCUCUGCACUAAAUUGUACGUCUCAUCCCUUCCAGCUUGGAGAAACUGCUCUGAUUGUGGCCAUGCAAGGGAUCACCUUGCUCUAACCUUUCAACAAUAAAGCUGUUGGAAGAAGCUGCUGAAUCACAUUCACGUGUUCCAGUGCCCACAGAGGUCCCUGCUGGGACAGCAUUAGCUGGAACAGUCACUUGCACUCCAUUGUCAAAGUCAGCAUGGCCACCACAGGAGGUGAACUUUUUCUCUUGAGACACGUCAUAGAAAGUGACAUCAGG